AUGUCUGUUUCCGACUCCGAAACGGGCGGAAUAGGGUCCUUAUGGGAAGCAGUGGUGACAUUGGUGGGGGACUCUGUAUUGGACAAGGAGCCCGAAUCGUCCCGUUUCAAAGGGACAGCCGCCGCAGUGAGCGGCGACAAGCUCUUCUCCAAGGCGGCUGACCGUGAUGGCGCGUCGUUGCCAGAUAAAGACAUGGGGCAGAACAAACAAAUGACGGCCCCAUUCCAUGACCUCGUAGAUGAGGGCAAAGUUCGGGGAGAUGAGAGGCGCUCUUUGUUUGAGCAGGUUGUAAGCCUCGUUGUAGCCGAUUUUCUUGGACUUCAUCAUGUAGGCCAAGAUGAGCGACGCAGAGCGCGAGACGCCGCAUUGGCAGUGGAUCAGGACCCGUUUAUUCUGGGCGAGGGCGUCGUCGAUGAUCUGUGUGAGUUUGGGGAAGUCUGCCACGAGUUUGGAGGUGUGAGUCCAUGGGAUGUAGUAGUAUUGGAUAGUUUGGCCGCUGAUGGAGAUUUUGUUUGUCAUUUGGGUUGUGUAAUCUGUGAUUUCCUGUGCCACAUUGAUGAUGACGUCGAAGUCGAUCAAUUGGGUGAUUGA